GUGUGUUAAUUGCACUUCAAAAGUUAAGCUAAUGUAAACUUAAGUAAGGAACGUUUUAUUUGGUUGAUUACUUCUCCCUUUUAGUAAUGCCAUCUGGUGUUGUAUUAUACAUUGUUGAAAAGCCUGAUCUGUCACCUUUACAAUGAAAUAUAACUUCUAAGGAUUGUGAACUUGUGGAAGAAACAACACAGCUAAAUGUGUGUUUAGUGGUUGGUAUUCACUCUUGUUUUUAGAAUAGUGCUGCCAGGUGUGUACCAUUUACAGGAUAUGACUGGCACCUAACUGACAAACAUAUUGGAAAGAGAUUCUGGAAAGAGGAUGGAAAGGCCUGUUGUCCAGACCUCAACCUCAUUGAACAUUUCUGGAAUUAGUGUGGGCAUGCUAUUUGUACUAGAGCAACAAACAAAACCACAUUGGUUGACUUUAACAACUGCUGGAUGAGGAAAUUUGUGGUGGAGGAUCCAUACACAGCUACAACAGCCUGGGACCUCCACCUCAUCCUCAGAGUUUUCUGCGCCCUCCUCUGAACAAUAUUAGCAGUCACAAGUGAGCCAUUGUGGUUGUGUGCCGGAGUGAAGAUUAUUCCAUCCUCACUCUGGCACAAACAGCACACUUGAUGCUGAUCCACAGGUGUUCAGUGAGGUUGAGGUGAGGACUGCAGGCAGGCCAUGCCAUCCUCUCCACUCUCAAAUUCUGGAGGUAGUCUCUGAUUAACUCCCAGAGUAUUGUCAUCUGUAAAGUUAAUAGGGUUGCCACUGUUUGCACAAUCUCGUCUUGAUAUCCCUCUGCAUUGAGAUUUCCUAAAAUGAUGACAGACCAUGUUUUUCCAGUGAGGGAGAUAGCACCCACACCAUCACACUACCUCCACCAAAAACUUAGCCUAUUACUGCAAUCAGCAUGGUAUUCUUCUCUACACUUUGACCUUAAAUCCAACUGACCACUGUUGCAAGUCACAGGUGCUGCUACUCAGGUAGUGGAUUGUCAGCAUUUGGGGUACCAAAAGCUCAAAACAUGAGUCCAAUGCAGAAAAAGCCGUUUGACAUUGGCAGACAAGGUUUGGUAACUCAUGGGUGCCACCCAGAGACUCAAAUUCUGCUGCUCAAACCGCAAAUGCUUAUAAAUGUGACACAUUUGAAAAAGGAAAUAAACAGACUUUCCAACGGUAUAAGAAUAAUUGCCAAGAAGCAUUGUUAUAAAGUGAUGGAUAUUUUAAUUGAGUUACUUUUGAUGUCAGAGCUGCACCCUCCUCACCUUUCUUCUGAAAACCACUACCGGAAGUUGCGUUUCGUCCUGCUGAACUGUUGAUGAGAUUCAUGUUUUGUUAGCCAGUCUAGCGAGCAGAUUUCGACUGGUUCAAAUUAUUUUCUGAUGAUUAUAUGUGCGUAAAACGGUUCAGACGCCACUCCUAGCACGAGUGGAGGAUGGCACACCGACAUACCCUACCUGAGAUGGCCCAGAAGACAGAGUACAUGGAGCCUGAUAAUGAAUCGGACAGGGACUCCGGUGUUGGAGAGGAUGCAGGAGAGGAUGCUGACAGCUGCCAUAAAAACAGUGAAACAAAAGAGUAUGAAGUCAAGGAGCAAGUUGGUUUUGAUCAGGAGGAAGAUUCUACAGUCUUCAUUGCUUUCCAAGGGAAUAUAGAUGAUGAGGACUUCGCACAUAAACUUGAGACUGUCCUCAGUGGCAUACCUAACAUGCUUGAUAUGGGUUUUGAGAGACUGCAUCCCCAGCGUGUGGAGCCAUGGAACAGUGUACGUGUUACAUUCAACAUUCCUCGGGAUGCGGCUGAGCGACUCAGACUGUUGGCCCAGAACAAUCAGCAGCAGCUUAGAGAUCUGGGAAUACUUUCUGUUCAGAUAGAAGGGGAAGGAGCCAUUAAUGUGGCUGUUGGACCAAAUAGAGGACAAGAAGUUAGAGUUAAUGGACCAAUUGGUGCACCUGGUCAGAUGAGGAUGGAUGGUGGCUUUCCAGGUCAGCCUGGUCCAGGAGGGGUAAGAAUGGCAAAUCCGCCGAUGGUUCCCCCUGGCCCUGGUAUGGUAGGUCAGACUAUAUUACCAGGCAGCAGUGGACAGGUCCAUCCUCGUGUUCAGAGACCACCUUCACAAACAGAUGUGAUGGAUCCAAUGAUGCCGGGGAUGUCCAUUCAGCAGCAACAGCAGCAACUUCAACACCAACAAGCUGGUUCCCACGGCUCAGGCCCCAUGCUUCCUCAAGCUGCCCAUCAUAUGCAGGCUCUGCAGGCUGGGAGGCCAACCAACCAGGCAGCUCUGCAGCAGCUCCAACAACAGCAUCACCAACAGCAGCAGGCCCAGCAGCAAGCUCAGCUUCAACUUGGACCUAGACCUCCAUUCAACCCUUCUGGCCAGAUGGCUGUGCCUCCUGGCUGGAAUCAGUUAUCUUCUGGCGUCCUACAGCCACAGACACCCCAAGGAGGCCCUGCCUGGAGAAAACCUCCACUCCAAGCCCAGAUGGUUCAGCGCCCACCCUCUCUAGCUACAGUUCAGACUCCCAAUCAUCCUCCACCCCCAUAUCCAUUCGGCAGCCAGCAGGCUGGGCAGGUAUUCAAUGCCAUGGGGCAAGGACAGUUGCAGCAGCAGGCAGGAAUGGGUCAGUUUGCUGCUCCCCAGCCUAAAAGUCAACAGGCUGGCCCUGGUGGUGUCACAGGACCACCAAGGCCCCCACCACCCCUACCACCAACCUCUGGACCACAGGGCAACCUCACUGCCAAGUCUCCUGGGUCAUCCUCAUCUCCAUUUCAGCAGGGUUCACCAGGAACACCUCCCAUGAUGGCUCAGAGACCUACUACUCCACAAGGAUUCCCCCAAGGCGUUGGUUCUCCAGGAAGAGCAGCCCUCAGCCAACAGGGUAACAUGCAACAGGGAUUCAUGGGAAUGCCCCAGCAUGGACAACCUGGGACCCAAGUUCACCCAGGCAUGGCAAAGCGUCCCAUGGGCUUUCCAACCCCAAACUUUGUUCAAGGUCAGGUGAGUGCCAGCACUCCAGGAACUCCCGGUGGAGGACCACCGCAGCAGUUACAGAGCAACCAAGCAAUGGGUCACACAGGAGCCCAGCCAUCAGCACCUACACCAAACUCAAUGCAAGGACCGCCCCAUGCUCAGCCCAACGUUAUGGGUGUGCAAAGUAGCAUGGCAGGUCCACCCCCUGGUACAACAGCUGGACCUAGUAUGGGCCAGCAGCAGCCUGGCCUCCAGACCCAGAUGAUGGGCCUCCAGCAUCAGGCCCAGCCUGUGUCCUCCUCCCCCAGCCAGAUGAUUCAAGGCCAGGGUGGAGGUCAGACUGUCCUUUCAAGGCCCAUCAAUCAUGGGCAGAGAGGAGGGAUGACCCCGCCUAAGCAGAUGAUUCCACAGCAAGGCCAGGGGGUGAUGCAUGGGCAGGGUCAGAUGGUUGGAGGCCAAGGGCACCAGGCCAUGCUCCUGCAGCAGCAGCAGCAACAAAGCUCAAUGAUGGAGCAAAUGGUUGCCAACCAGAUGCAGGGAAACAAGCAACCAUUUGGAGGCAAGAUUCCAGCAGGGGUUAUGCCUGGCCAGAUGAUGCGUGGUCCUUCGCCAAAUGUUCCAGGUAAUAUGGCUCAGUUCCAAGGCCAGGUUGGCCCACAGCAGAUGACACCACAGCAGAUGACUCCACAACAGCAACAGCAAAUGGCUCAACUUCAGCAACAACAGUUACAACAACAGCAGCAGCAUCAGUUGCAGCAACAACAAUUACAACAACAACAGCAGCAGCAGCAACAACACCAGCAGAUGAACCAACAACAACCCCAGCAGGUUCCAGUUACUGGUAAUCCUAAUCAAGCUAUGGGCAUGCAUGGGCAGCAGAUGAGACUUCCUGCUGGCCAUCCUCUCAUCCAUCAACAGCUACAGCAACAGCAGUUGCAGCAGCAACAGCAGAAACAACAACAACAACAAGCCAUGUUACAACAACAGCAGCAACAGGCAGCUCAGCAGCACCCACAUGCCAUAGGAGAUCCGAACAGUGGGACGGGAGACUUAGGAGUCCAGCAAAUGGUCCCUGAUAUGCAGGCACAGCAGCAACAAGGCAUGAUGGGAGGCCCCCAGCACAUGCAGAUGGGAAAUGGACACUUUGCAGGUCAUGGCAUGAACUUCAACUCUCAGUUUCCAGGUCAGAUGCCAAUUGGAGGACCCUGUGGACAGCCAGGUGGCUUUCCUGUUAGCAAAGAUGUUACACUGACUAGCCCACUGCUGGUCAAUCUGCUACAGAGUGAUAUCUCAGCCAGCCAGUUUGGGCCAGGAGGAAAACAGGGUGCAGGUGGAGGAAAUCCGGCUAAGCCUAAGAAAAAGAAACCAGCACGAAAGAAGAAACCAAAAGAGGGAGAUGGACAACAGCAAGCAGAGGGACUUGGUGGUCUUGAUGUGGCUGCUGGCAUAGAGGAUUCUGAAUUGCCAAAUCUGGGUGGAGAGCAAGGUUUGGGCUUGGACAGUACAGGCCAAAAACUCCCUGAUUUUGCUAACAGACCUGCAGGCUUUCCUGGUCAACCUGGAGAGCAGAGAGUACUUCAACAGGUACCCAUGCAGUUUAUGCAGCAGCAGCAACAGCAGCAGCAGCAGCAGCAACAACAACAAAUGCAGCACAUGCAACAGCAGCAAAUACAACAACAGCAAAUGCAGCAUCAGCAGCAAAUGCAACAUCAAAUGCAACAACAACAAAUGCAGCAACAGCAGCAGCAACAACAGUUACAACAACAACAAAUACAACAACAGCAACAGAUGAUGCAGAUGCAGGGUCUCCAGAAUGCUCAGGGGCAACAGGGGCUGGCACCGCAACCUGCUUCAAGUCAAGGCCAACCCCAGAUGCAUCCUCACCAGCUGCAGCAGCAGCAGCAAGCUCAACAGCCACACCUGCAACAACAGCAGCAGAUGAUGAUGAUGCUUAAGAUGCAGCAGGAACAGACAAAGAAUCGCAUGCCCAUUCCCCCAGGAGGGCAGCUCCCUCCUCGGGGUAUAAGCAAUCCAGCAGAGGUUCAGAGACAUCCUGUCUCACAGCAAAGCAACAUGCCAGUAAUGAUCAGCCUUCAAGGACAUGGAGGUGUUCCACCAUCACCUGACAAAUCCAGAGGGAUACCCCUGAUGGUCAACCCACAGAUUGCAGGGGCUGCCCGGAGAAUGUCUCAUCCUGAUGUGGCGCAGGGUCCCCAAGGAACUGGGACUGAGGAGGCCCCUGCAGGUGCACACCCAAAGCAAGAAAGGCCUGGUAGCACAGAAACUGGGGUGCAGCCUGGAAAUGGGACCCAACAGAUUGUGACCAGUCAAGCCUCAAAUACUCACAUGAUGAAACAAGGCCCAUCUCCAGCUCAAAUUCCCCAACAUACUGGAGCCAGCCCCCAGCAACAGUUACCAACUCAGCCUCAACAAGGAGGCCACAUGUCUGGUCUCCAUUUUCCUAAUGUCCCUACAACUUCACAGAGCUCGAGGCCUAAAACCCCCAACAGAGCCAGCCCCAGGCCAUAUCACCAUCCCCUCACCCCAACUAAUCGUCCUCCUAGUACUGAGCCCUCUGAAAUUAACCUUUCACCUGAGAGGCUAAAUGCCUCUAUUGCAGGCCUGUUUCCUCCCAAAAUUAACAUUCCUCUGCCUCCAAGACAGCCGAACCUUAAUAGGGGGUUUGAUCAGCAAGGUCUGAACCCAACAACUCUGAAAGCCAUUGGGCAGGCCCCCCCUAGCCUUACUCUAACAGGCAACAAUGGCAAUACAGGUGGAAAUAACACUAAUAACAGUCAACAGCCUUUCUCUUCUGGUGCUGGUGUAGGGGCUUCGGGUGCUAAACAGGACAAACAGCCUGGAGGGCAAAGUAAGAGAGCAAGCCCUAGCAAUAGUCGAAGGUCAAGUCCAGCCUCUAGUCGCAAGUCAGCCACUCCAAGUCCAGGAAGACAGAAGGGGGCAAAAAUGACUAUCUCCUGCCCUCCUCACCAACAGCAGUUAGUAAAUCCCCAAGGACAAACAAUGAUGCUAAGUCCUUCCUCAGUACCUCAGAGUCCAGUAUCUCUGCCUUCACAAGUGAGUGGAUGCACAGAGACUCAACAGACCCAGAGUUCCCUCCAUGGGAUUCAUGGUAACUCAGCUGAUGGAGUCAGGGAAAAUCAGGGAAUCGUUACUGGAGAGCAGCGACAAAUACCCCAGUCUCAACCACAGGGACAACCUUUGAGGGAAUUAACAGCCCCCAGGAUGGCAAGUCCUCGCCUUCCUGCACCUCAGUAUCCUAAAUCUGAUUUGGAAACACAGGCUGGCACAGUCGAUAGGCAACCAACACACCCAGCAUCUAUGCAGGACUCAGAAGUCUCACCAGCUCUCAGAGGAGCUCCAACCUCCCUCAAUCAAUUACUGGAUAACACAGGUGUUUCAAACAUGCCGCUUCGGCCCACGCAGAGUAAUAAUGUUGUCAUGGGAAAAGACAGCCCAAAGUCUGCCUUAGAUCCAGACAGAUCACUUAACAGCAAUUCCCUGCCUACAGAUAGAUCAGUGUCUGGUGUCACUACUACUACUGUAACUGAAACAGAGGCUAAACCCAAGAUUUCUACUCCAGUCUCUGCUAGCAGUCCCACCUCGCAGUCUAUUUCACUUCCCUGCUCACACCCUUCCAGUAAUGUAAACUCCAGUACUACGGUUAAUCUUAACCAAAACCUCACCUGUAGCGGUGUCAAUCCCAGUCCAAAUAUAAAUUUAACUUCUACACAUUGCAGCUCAGUCAGUACUAACACUAAUGCCCCUUCAACUGUAAGUGCCAAUACAGUCACUUCCAGCCAGAACAGUUCUGCCUCAGCUGUUUCUGCCAUUUCUGGCUCCAGCCCUGCUGUUAAUUCAGCCACUUCAACUGUUAAGCCAAGCCCCAGCCCUAAACCUGUGACAAGUGUGCACUCAGUCAUUCAGAUUCCUGCAUCUUCAACCACCAUUUCCCCCAACCAGAUCACAGUGUUUGUCACCUCAAACCCCAUCACUUCUGCCCCCACUCCACAGCCACCCACAUCUAUGGUCUCCACCAUGGUAGCUGUCCCUAACAAGAAUGCCAGACCCCAGGACAUCCGGCAACAGAGUCCUGGACCUCGGCCUCAGUUUAUCACCACCGCCCCUGUAUUUAUCAACCCAGUUUUCCAGGUUCCAGGUUCGUCUGUGGCGCCCAACACAUCAGUGGUAUCACAGUCUGUCACCAUGGUGGGGUCUAUCCAGGUGUCUGCUGCAAACUUUCAGCUUUCUGCUGCCCCAAGCUUCACACAGGCCACAGGAACUAAUAUGACCAGUGCCCAGCCCACUAGAGGGGCUGUUGGACAAAUACAGAUAACCACUAGCAUGCCCUCAUCAGCCCCUGUUGGUACUCUCUUGGCUCCUCAGCAAAUUAACUCAGGAACCAUCAAAACAGAAAGUGUGAGUGACACAAAUUCCUUUCAAAAAUCUGCUGUCCCGGUCCAGCAGCCAUCUCCCCAUCCAAACCCAUCAGCUCCCUUUCAGCCCCCUCUGGCUUCUCCGCCUCCCUGCUCUAGUCCUGCUACUAUUAACACCAUUCGAAAGAGCCCAGUGUCUCCAUCUCCCACUGCUCAAGUAAAAAAUAAGCCUGCACCAGCUGCAGUAUCUAUUUCUGGCACAGGUGACUCCCAGCAAAGCACUAUAGAAAGGCCUCCACAGGGGCAUACAGGGGCUGCCCCACCACAGGUCUUUGUUCCUUCUACUGCUCCGGCCAUUCAGACGGAAGCGCAGGCUCCUCGUACUACUGCUGUUGGUUCAAACAUCACUCUGUCUGUAGUUCCUUCUCCAGCCCCAGCUCCUAGUCAAGUUACUGGUCCUACUCAGAUUGUUGUUCAGGCUCCAGUUGUUCUGCCAGCUUCAAUCUCAAGCUCAGCACAAGCUGUAAAUUCUCAAGCCCCUGUUGUGACUUUUAGCACUACCACUGGGGUCCCCUCCACUACUUUGCUCUCUUCAGUCACUCCUGUACAAAGUCCUGUACCGUCUAUUGUUCCUAUUGUUGCUGCACCUGGACCUGUUGACGUUGCCCACAACACAGCCUCUCCAGUUGCUAACCCCAGCGUAGUUCCACCAGGUCAAUCUGAUGCUCCAGGUGCAAAGCCUGCUGUGCCACCAGCUGCAGCACCUGCUGAAUCCACACAGACUGCUCCAGCACCUGUUCAACAAGAAGCUUCACAGGAAGCCGUCACAGAGAAAACUGGAGAAGAGGUCCCAACUGGUUCUGAGCAAGGAUGGGCAAAGAAAAGAAAGACGCCCAUCAACUUAGUCCCAAGCACUGCCGUGGAGAAGCCCAAGGGGCCAAGCAGACGCAGCUCCCGAGCUGAGAAAGAGGUGGAGGAGGAGCCGGUAGCCGACAGCGGCAUCAGGAAGAGAUCAGCCAGGCCUGCAACCAGUACUGCUGUAAAAGAAACUGGAGCAAGUCCCACCCAAGCCAAACGAAGGAAGUCUAAAUAGACACAAGCUUAGUUUUGAUUACCUGUGAACCAUACUGUAAAUGUUUUUGUUUCCCUUGUGUAAAUGACUUGAUAUAGGCUUCUCUUGGCCAAUACUGAAUUUUCAUUGGAUGAAGAAACCAUGUACAGAUUGUUUUAAAAAGAAUGAAGCUACUCUUUUGUCUGUGCUAAUAUGUCAGAUUCUAGUUAGAAUGUGUGCAUAGAGUUUGUGUGAAUGUGCUUUUUAUAUUCGAUGCUGGAUUAAUCCUGUGAAGACUUAUAAUGAAGCUUAUCAUGACUGUAUAAUUAUCUUGUAAAAUUGAAUUAAAUUUUCUACUGUU